AAUAUAUUAAAUAAAAUUAUAAUUAUUAUAAGAAAAUUUGUUCUUCUUUUUUUGGAAUACUUUGUGUGGAAUAAAUUGCGCCCUCUAUUUUCCCACGGCCAACCACAAAUACGAAACGAAGCACACCGUACUCCACCAACUGAGCUAACAUUGGUCCUUCGAGCCGGAUAACAGAAAUUAUUCAAAAUGACGACCAUCAAUUGCCCUUUAUGCAUAGAAAGUCACCUUCUUCGCUGGUGCCCAAAAUUUCGCCAGAUGUCCCCAGAAAUUAGGCUGAGGACAACCUUAAUAUACCGCUACUGCAGCAACUGCCUUGCCUCGAACCACUCAAAGGCUGAGUGCGACAGUGUAAUACGCUGUAAACAUUGCGGCAGCCCUCACCAUACAAUGCUCCAUGGCAUUAGUUCAGAUGCUGAAGAACUAGACGAGGAUGUCGUAGACUUAACAUGGGCACAACAAGUCGAGCUAGAGGCAUCGGAAAUGGAAGAGGAAACCAUCGCUACGGCGGAUUCGAUACCUUCUCAACCAUGUCAACCGACGUCAUCAGUCAUGCAACCAAGGGAAAGCUCUGAUCAACGAUGCCUCUCCCGCAUACCACACGCCCAGGAUCGAGCCAGACUCGAUUCGUCUCGCCGACUUCGGCGUGCUGGUAACUUCUAUUCGGAUUGGCGGCAUGAUAACGAUCGACUGAGACUCGAUUCGUCUCAGCGACAUUACCCGGACCCCCGUCCGAAGAUAAGGUGUUUACGAGGUGCUCGACGUCAAGCAGACGCACGCCGUAUCAUCAAGGAUAGGCACGCAACACUACCUUGGCAGCAAAAAAUAGCGCUUUCACCGACCGCCUUAAUCAAGAUACGCACUGCAACCAGGUUUAUCACAGUGCGAGCCAUGACGCUGGGAUAUGUAAUAUCCGGCGUCGUAUAAUACGGCCCAAUAAAAUGCACUGGCUACCUACGCCUCUGACAUUUACCAUUUACCCAGGAUCGAGUCAGACUCGAGUCGUCUCACCGACCUCGGAAUGUGGUAAUUUCUACGCAGUUUGGUGGCAUGGCAAUGACCGUCUAAGACUCCAUUUGUCUCAGCGGCAUUUCCCGGACCGAACCAGACUCGAUUCGUCUCGUCGGCCACCCCAUCUGCAAGAA